UGAAACUUCUUGCCGGCCGGCUCCGUUUUUCAAACGCGUGUUUUUAAAUAUGUUGCCGAAGUCGUGGCAAGAACUAUUAGAUGCUCUCACAUUAGAAUCUAAUAGCAUUGACACUUUUAACAGAAUAUCAUCAGUUAAACUGCAGGAGGAUAUUAUUGAUAUAUGUAUAAAUGAAAAGAGAUACAGGGAUAAAUUGUUGAACUGGAUCAUAUUUACACAGAGUAAUGCAAAAUGGGUGAAGUCUGCUUCCAGGGCAUCAAAGUUCCGAAGAGAGGGAAAUGAAAAAUUUAAAAAAUGUGACAAUGCAGGUAGUUUAGCGCUAUACACGCAGAGUGUGGUUAAUGCGCCAAGAGACAGUGAAGAGUUGUCACUUGCAUUAGCCAAUAGAUCAGCAGCCCUGUUCCACUUGGGUGCUUAUAAGGAAUGUUUGCAAGACAUUUCGCUUGCCUUACAAAGUGACUACCCAACAUCACUCCAUUACAAACUGCAUGUCAGGCGCGGUCAAUGCCUCGCUGAACUAAACAGGCCUAAGGAACAAAUAGAAGCAUUACAGUCUGCACAGAAAUGUUUAGAACUCGUGAAGGAUAUGCCACUGUGCAAGAAAGCUUCUCUUAAAAGGGACAUUGAAACAGCUUUGGCUAAAGCUUCCUCUCAGUUGAGUGUUGAUAGCACACAAAACACUUUUGAUGGCUCUGAACCAUUUCAGAUUCCUGUACCAACAUAUGGAGAAAAUGAGAGAUUUGCAUACGCAUCAAUAGCUCUGGAUCUCAGGUACAGUGAAGGAAAAGGAAGACAUGUUAUAGCAAACAGAGACGUAAAGAUGGGUGAUAUACUGUUCGUUGAGAGGCCAUAUGCAUUUGUAGUACUACCAGCUCAAUAUAAAGCCCACUGCCACAACUGCUGUAGAACGUAUGUUUCACCAAUACCUUGCUGGGAGUGUACGAUGGUUCUGUACUGCAGUGAGGCAUGCAGACAGGAGUCCUGGGAUCAAUACCACCAAUGGGAGUGUCAUGGUGGGCUGGAACUUCUGCAUUCAAUUGGUAUUGCUCACUUAGGUCUCCGUGUAAUUCUGAAGGCUGGACCGUUACCCAAACUAAAAGGAUCUUAUAUGAAGCUUCAGAAGAGUCUACCGCAAUUAGAAGACACUUAUGGAGACAAAGAGGACAACUACAGAGCUGUAUAUCACCUGAUGCCUCAUCUUGAAGAUAUGCAGCAUCAAGAUUUGUUUCAGUAUGCCAUGACUGCCUGUAUGCUGACCCUAUACCUCAGUCAGUGCACAGACUAUUUCAAGGAGGAAGCAAAUUCUCUCUCUCCUGCUGACCUACUACAGGAUAGAAAAUCUGUUCUCUGCCUUGUGGGAGGCGUGAUAUUACGACACAUUGCACAGCUUGUGUGUAAUGGCCAUGCAAUCACCAAGCUUGACAUAUCACAGCCUGAAAAUGAAAAUCAAGAAGUUCUGAUGGAGCGUCAGGUUCGAAUUGCAACUGCCAUCUAUCCUUCGGCAAGCAUGAUGAACCAUUCCUGUGACCCUAAUAUCAUUAACAGCUUCUACAAUCAGUAUCUUAUUGUCCGGGCAUGUAAGGACAUACACGAGGGAGAAGAAGUAUUCAACUGUUAUGGCCCUCACUUCAGACACAUGAGUUCACCAGAGAGAAAGGACAUACUAAGGAGCCAAUAUUUCUUUUACUGUAACUGCAGACCCUGUUCUUUGUCAGGACAAGAGGACUUUCAUGAACGGUUUUCAGCACUUCUUUGUUUGGAAUGCAGUGGUCCUUUGCUGCAAAGCAGUGACUCAGCUCACCACAUGACAUGCAGCGACUGUGGUCACAGACAGAGCUUUAGCAGUCUGGCAGGGGCUACAUUCAAAGCACACGCUUUGUUUAACGAAGGCUCCAUGGCCCUUGACAUGGGGGACAUGAAAGAGGCAGUGAAGAAGUUCGAGGCCUGCUGGAACCUGAGGCAGCGUUGUCUGUACAGAAGCCACAAGGACCUCAGUGCAUGUGGGGAUCAAGUAGCCAAGUGUUAUUCCAUGCUAGGUGACUAUGGCAGAAGUGUCGAGUGUCUGCUACGGUGCCUACCCGCGGUGGAGGAACAGUUUGGCUGCAACAGCAUCGAGGUGGCCAAUGAGCUACAGAAAAUUUCAGAUGUGAUGAUGUGUGACGUAUCACAACACGGCCAAGGUUCUGCAGCUUACUUAGAAAAGCACAAGAAGGCAACAGAGUUUGUGCAGAGAGCUAAACAAAUUUUGGAACUGCACUAUGGGCUCUGGAACACUGGGCUUCAAGACAUCCUUGACAAGGAACAACAAUUGAAACAAAUGAAAAUGUAAAAUCGCAGGCUCAUACAUAUUGUACAUGUCAAGUGUAAUAAAAAAAUCUGUGGAUAUGCAGACAAGUUUUACCUUCAA